AUGUCUACGGAAUCUUACGCAAAAUGGUGGAUAAAGACAAAGAAGGGGUUGGAGAAUGUGCGGGAAUACGACGAGGCCAUGAAGAAGAUGGAGUCGGUGAAGGAUCGGAGCAUAGCUUCUCGUCUGAUCGGCGGACUAUACGCUAGAUACUGCAUGAUCAUUCAAGACAUAGAUGCGUGUUUGGAUCAGAUGUGCCAGGUGCAAAAGAGCUUCACCAUCAGGAAGCUCAUGGACGCAGCCGCGACUCGUCUGAACGAGCUUAAAGACGAGAUGACGAAGAUCGAUUUAUCCGAAUACCACUACAUAGAUGGAGCUUUGGUCGAGUUGAAAGUGAUACCGCACUCUGUCGAGAUCCUUCAUCCGGCCAUAAUGUUUCCCAGGAUGGGAAACAUUGAAGAUAUUAUCAUUAAAUUCAGGAAAGGUGACAUAGUGGAAAGUCCGUCGCGCGUUAAGAAGAAACCAAGCGCCAUCGACAAUUUGGUAGCCAGUGGUAAAGCUUCUUUGCACGCCAUGCAAUCGCAGUCGAAUGUAACUGGAAGCAAUCAAAAUAUCAACGCGUCUCCAUCGAAAAAGUCGUUGAAAGCUAAAUCGAUAGUGCGUAUGAACGCAUCCAAAGCUGGAUUAAAGGGAGCAGCAUCCAAAGGCAAAGUUGAUGGUAGGGCUUCAAAAGCAGAUAUAAACAAGAAACAGUCUAGGGUUCAAAUUAUGGAGACACCAGCCCAGGAUGCUCAAACUCAGAAGGACGAGAAAGAAAUCAAACCGGAUGAACAAAAGAAGAAGCGUAAAAGAACGAGACCGAAGACCUACAUGCUGGAUACUCCGGUUUUGACUGAUGAAGAGGCUGAAGCUAAAAGGAGGAAGGACGAGAUGAUCAGUUUCCUGAAGGUGAUACAAACCCACGAAAGGGGACGCCAGGCGAGGCUCUAUUACACGGAUUUGGAACAAGCUAAUAAAGCGCGGAAGACAACGACCAGCAACAAAGGUGGCGGUAGUGAUCAAGAUGAUAAGGAUAUUAAAGAGAAAGCUGCUACAAAGAUUCAAGCAACGUGGAGAGGUUACAAAGUCAGGUCUUAUUUAAAGAAGAGAGAAUUGGAGAAGCGCUUGCUGAUUGGGAUGGAUGAAUCGAGUUGGAAGUCUAAAGAGGAAUUCCAGAAGUUUCGGUCGAAUCUCGAGAAGCGGAGGGCUAUCCGCGAUAAAAACUUUCGGGAUUACUUGCAGGCUAAUAUCGAUGAAAAGGAUAGAGUGUUGAGGGUAAUAGGGCCCGGUUUGUUCGAGGACAUUGGCGACGAGAUCAGAGAGUGGUUCAGGGAUUGGUACGACGGUGCAAAGACCUUUAUGGAAAUUCCCGGUGAAGAAAAGGGCGGAUCCAUACUGAUCGUCCGAGGUGAGACUUUAACGCCGGCGGAAUUCUUGAUCGAUCAGGAAAUGAAAAAGAAAUCCAAGAAGAAGGCUAAGACCAAAGAGCAGAUUGCGAAGGAGAAGAAGGCGGCGAAGGAGAAGCUGAAGAAGGAAGCGAAGGCGAAAAAGGAGAAGGAGCGAGCGGAGAGGAGGAAAAGAGCCAAGGAGUUCGAGAUUAAGUUCGAUGAGCCGACGGUGGCUGUUCAGAAAUUCAAGACGGGAUUCGAUGAGUACAGGGAGAUUUGGGAUCCCAUCAACGACGCGGAUAAUCCACUGGACAAACAUUACAUGCACAUGAUCACGGACGAGAAAUGCUACGAGAUGCAAUUGGAAGUAAGGGAGCAAGUCGACAUACUGAUGCGUAUCGAACUGGAGAUAUUGGAUGAGGCUUUGCAGAAGGAUAAAUGGCUGAAGAAAAAGAAACGUAAAGGUAAGUUCAAACCGAAGAAGAAGAAAAAAAAGAAGAAGAAAGGCAAGAAGAAAAGGGGCAAGAAGGAUCCGACGGCCUCCCGCACCGCCGAGGAUUUGUUCCAGGAAUUGGUGGAUUACGGUAUCAUACGAAAUUAUCCGCCGGUGCGUAUAAGCGAUUUCAAAGGGGACUUCAGCUACCAGAACUGCGAGAAGCGGGAGCUCACCUUUGAUCCUCCACCAACUCUGGGAGAUGUCCGGCAGGCGGUCACGUUGAACUGUAUCAUGCCGUUGGGCGUCGAAACUUUGAACAAGCCCAAAUCUGUGCUUAUAGCAGGACCAAGGAAAAGCGGUAAACAUUUACUGGCGAACGCAAUAUUCAAUGAGACCCAGUGCGUGCUCUUCGACUUAUCGCCAACGGUAAUUGCAGGCAAAUACGAAGGGAAAAAGGAAACGCAAAUGUUGAUACAUCUAAUCACUAAGAUGUCUCGGAUGCUGCAACCGUCGAUCAUAUACAUUGACGGAGCGGAGAAGAAUUUUUAUAAAAAGAUACCAAAGAAUGAAAAGGAACUGGAUCCCAGACGAGUCGGGAAGUUUUUGCUGAAGAAAAUAAUUAAACCCAUCACACCUGAUGAUCGUGUACUUGUGUUAGGCAUCACUGGGCAGCCGUGGGCUGCUAAGGCGAACGGUAUAAAGAAGGCCUAUCAACGUGUGAUACUGAUCCCUCCGACCGAUUACGGUAGCGUAUUUUUGUACUGGAGGGAAAUCCUGAUGCCGUACCACGGUGUCGACAGAAGUAUCAACUUGAGCGCCAUCAGCAAGCUGACCGAAAAGUAUCCGCUCGUCGAGUUAAACAAAGCCGUGAAGGAAGCUCUGUAUCCGAAGAGAAUAGUCCAAUUGAGUUAUCAGCCUCUGCAGCAAAGCGAGUUACUAGCGCCGCUGCUCGAAGGCCCCGGUCCCCUAACCGACAAAGAGCUCCAGAAGUUCCAGAAGUGGUACACGAAGACGGUGCUGGGCAAGCAGAGGAAUAAGCUCAACAAGUUCAACGAGGUUAUGAGGGAGAAACUGGCGAAGGCCAAUGAGAAGAAGAACAAAAAGAAGAAGUAG